UUGUUUAAUUUAUUUUAAUAGUUCAAAAUUAGAAAAUAUAAUAGAAGAUAUACUAUUUUUUAUCAAAUCUUUAUUAUUCAAAAUUAUUAAUUAUCAUAUAUAUUUUAGCCAUAUUAGAUAAUUUUAUAAUUUUUAUUUAAAAAAAAUAAUAAAGAAGAUUAAUAAUGAAUUUAUAGUUAGUUUAAUAAAAAAUGUAUUAUAUAAUUAGAUAAACUAAUCUAUUUAUCUAAUGAUUUUAAGAAUCAUCCUAACGGCAGGAGAUACACAUCAUUAAAAAGACAAACCACGCAGGACUGAAUCUUUGACAUUAUAGAAUUCAAAUUGGAAAGAAGAAAAGAAACAAAAGACAGGCCUGGAUGGGCAAUAGUUAACAUAAACUUUGUCGUUGGCCCAAUAGUGUCAGCCUAAAAUCUUCUGGUUGUUACUUGUCCACUAUAUUUUGGAUAAUCUUUUAUCAAAGGAAAGGAAACAUGGCCAGAAAUAUAGACAGGAGAAAAUGACAACAAAACUCAAUACUUUCACAACAGUAAGUUUCACAACACUAAAUUACUAACUGAUGCUUUUGGUCUCAAUUAACUAAAUCAUUUUAAGCCCACACGGUUUUUUUUUUCAAGACUACAACACAUAUAAUCCCACACACAGGCGGCUGUGCCUGACUUUUUUGGAUUUAAAAGCAAUUUUUUUGACUUUUUUGUAUAACAUUUGGUAAAAUUGGUAUGGAGGACGAAUCGAACCUGUCAACAAAUGAAACAAAUCCUUAGCCCAAAACUAACUGAAUCAAAUCCUUAGCCCAAAACUAACUGAAUCAGCCUAUAUUUUAAAUUGGCCUCUAAAAUAUAUUUAACUAUACCAACCCUAGAAAGCAUGUUUGAUGGGUUUGUAGCCAGGCACGACUUUAAGUCACAUAUAUGAUUUCAUAUAUAUUUAAUAUGAAAAGUGUUUACUGCAGCCGAUUUAGAAUUGAUCUACACUCUAGAGGAUGUGCUUGUACAUCCAAAUCUUAACAUACAUAAAUUCAAAAGACAAAAAAAAGAAUUUCAUAAUAUUUUUUCUGUUUCACGAAGAGUGUCACUUAGACAUUUUUCAAACUGAUUAAAAUGCAUUUAUGUUUUUAUUAAUAUCAUCUUUUUAACCAAUAGUAUUUUAGAUAAAUAUAUUUAUUUAUAAGAUCAAUGUUUUUAUAAUUAAUAUUGAGUUAAGAAUGAAUAUAAAUUGUAUUAGAAUUGUAGAAAUUUUUUAUGUAACAAAAAAAAAAUUAAAAUAUCAUUUAAUAUGAAACAAAUGGAACACCGGAGAUUAAAGAUCUGAGACAACCGUAUGAACAAUAUUUUCUAAAUAUAUGUACGAAAAUUAUGAGACAAGUAGGGCUUUUUAUGAUGCUCUCUAGUAAGCGUAAUGGGGUAGAAGUGGGCAUAUUUAUAAAUUAAUGUUUACAACUGGAUUUUUGAAAUUUGGCCUUUGGAUUUGAGUAACUUUAUCGUAUUCAUAUUUUAAUAAGAAAACAAAGAUCUCGUGUUUCACAUCGCAAAGUCGUAUGUGUAUAGUUGUAUGUGUAUCAUGUUCAUAUGCUUAUUAUAUAUGCCCUUUAGUUGAGAAGGUUCUUAUACAAAUAUAUAUACGGCCAGCAGGGAUUUGUUUUUUGGAAGAACAUGGAGUAAAAUAUUUAGGUGAAAAAGUGGUGAAAAUAAAUUGAUUGAAAAAGAAAUAUAAAAGGUAAUGGGGGUAAAUGUAUAUCUGACAAAACUUAUAGUAAAUAUGAGUGUGUAUAUUUUUUUUGAAUAAUAAGUGGAGUAAACAUGAGAAAAUAUUGGUUGUGUUUACUCUGUGUUUCACUAAUAAGUCCCCAAUCAGGUAGAAAUCAUUUCUUUCCUUUUUACUCUACUCACUAUUCAAAUAAAGAGAAAUACACACCCAACUUUACUUUCUGUUUUGCUAGAGUAAUACAGUUUGUUCUUUUUUCUUUUUACUUUAUUGGUUUCCACCAUUUUAGUUUUACUCAAUUUUCCACCUUUAAUUUUUACUCUGUUUUACUCUAAAAUUACCAAUCAUACUCAUUGUUUCACUUGAUUGGUAGAACUUUAGAGGAAACUAAGAGUCAAUAAGAUUGCUCUAAUCUUAUCAUAGAUCUCGAGCUUAACAAUUCCCUAGACAACACAUAAAAUAUAAAUAAGAGACCAAAAGAGGAGCAGCUUUUAGACAGCUAUUGUAUGAAAAAAGGUGUCCAAUAAAGUUUUGAGAUCGGCAGUUUUGGCGAAUUAAUAAGUCAAAUGGUCCUUUCUAUAAUGUUAAAAAAACAUAUAGUCCUUUCUAUAAAUACGCAUACGAAUGUCUCACAGCUGGUCAUUCCUUUUGGUAACGGAGACGUUUUUAUAUCCUUACAUCAACAAUGCCUCUCCCAAUCCAAGCUUUCUUUGUCCCUCUCCUCUUCCUCUUCUUCUUCUUCUCCUCCAUUGCUACGGCAGCUAUCGUUGAGCAUGUUUUCCAGGUUAAAAACGUGGUGGUGAAACCGUUGUGCAAGGAGCAAAUGAUACCGACUGUUAACGGAAGUCUUCCCGGUCCAACGAUAAACGUUAGAGAAGGCGACACUCUCGUGGUUCAUGUUAUCAACAACUCUACUUACAAUAUAACCAUCCACUGGCAUGGAGUGUUUCAGUUGAAGAGCUCAUGGAUGGACGGUGCGAAUAUGAUAUCUCAAUGUCCGAUUCAACCACGUAAUAACUUCACGUAUCGGUUCGAUAUCACCGGACAGGAAGGUACUUUGUUAUGGCAUGCUCACGUCGUUAAUCUACGUGCCACACUUCACGGGGCUCUAAUCAUCCGUCCCCGAUCGGGCCGACCUUAUCCGUUUCCUAAACCCUACAAAGAAGUUCCUCUUGUUUUUGAACAAUGGUGGGACACAGAUAUUGAACUUCUUAAUUCACGGCCAGCUCCGAUUUCCGAUGCGUACCUCAUUAAUGGGCUCGCUGGAGAUUCAUAUCCUUGCUCUAAGAACAGAAUGUUUAAGCUCAAGGUAGUACAAGGGAAAACAUACUUGCUAAGGAUUAUAAACGCGGCGCUCAACACUCACCUCUUCUUCAAAAUAGCCAGUCACAACGUGACAGUCGUCUCUGUUGAUGCUGUCUACACGACACCUUACGUUAGCGAUGUGAUGAUUUUGACGCCAGGACAAACCGUCGACGCACUUCUCACGGCUGACCAGCCCAACGGAAUGUACUACAUGGAGAUAAGCCCUUACACUAGUGCUAACUCGUUAGUACCGGUACCCCCUAGCACUCCUAUUAGAGGCCUAAUCAUCUACGAGGAUGCCAAGUCGACAGCAUCCCCAUCAAACUCGUUGAUGCCUUCAGGGAUGAAUGCAAUAUCCACCGCUCAUAGAUUCUCCUCAAACAUCACUAGCCUCGUGGGUGGACCAUACUGGACGCCAGUGCCUGACCAUGUGGACGAGAAGAUGUUCGUAACCAUGGGGCUUGGCUUAAAGCCAUGCCCUCCGGGAACCAAGUGUAUUGGUCCGUUUGGUCAGCGGUACGCUGGUUCUCUCAACAACCGUACUUUUGUGAUCCCCGGAACGAUUUCACUCCAAGAAGCCUAUUUCUAUAAUAUCAGUGGAGUAUACACCGAUGACUUCCCCGACCAACCUCCAAUGAAAUUCGACUACGCAAAUUUUGGCGUCCGUACAAAUUCUGAAUACAAAAUGAUGUUUCCGGAGAGAAAGACUAGCGUGAAGACACUUAAAUAUAAUUCUACAGUAGAGAUUGUUGUGCAGAACACAGGGAUAAUCACCCCAGAGAGUCACCCCAUGCACCUUCACGGCUUCAAUUUCUAUGUGUUGGGUUAUGGAUUUGGUAACUAUGAUCCCAUCCGUGAUGCAGAUAAGCUAAAUCUAGUUAACCCGCAAAUGCACAAUACCGUUGGUGUACCACCAGGUGGAUGGGUUGUCUUAAGAUUUAAAGCCAAUAAUCCUGGUGCAUGGAUGUUUCAUUGUCACAUGGAUGCACAUUUACCUUACGGAAUAAUAAUGGUUUUCAUAGUUCAAAAUGGACCAACUCCGGAAACAAGCAUGCAACCUCCACCGUCGAAUCUUCCACAGUGCACUCGUGAUCCCACGAUUUAUGAGUCGCUGGCAACAAGCGUUGAUUUGUCUUCCUAGAAGUAGCUUUUACCCCAGCUGCCGGAUCUUCUCUAGAAGUAACUAUCAAUCGUAGUUGCUUCUUCAUUUUUUGGUAUUUUAAUUGAUUGGUGAUAUAGAGAUAUUUUUCCAAAAAAAAAAACCUAAAUCUGGGAGACUUGUUUUAAAUUUGAGUGUGGCAAUUGGAGAUGACGCUUUCAAGUAUUGUUGGUACUCUCGUCUCUUGACUGACUGGUUGUAGCUUCAAAUCUUACUUGGGGAGAGACUGAUUAGUUAUUGCUUUUCUGACAUUAACCAAGGUAAGAUAGAAUAAGGAAUUAAUUCAAACUCAAGGGAGAGACUGCAUGUAGUUGAUAGUGACUCUGAAAUAGCGUGUAUAUAUUCAUUCUAUUAUGAACGAAUAUGAUUUUGUGAAUUUUGGUUCCCUUGAGACAACAAAAAAAAAUAAGAGUCUUAAUUACAGGAAGAAAGAAAGAGACGAUCAUUAGAUACUCUCCCUCGCUUGAUUGCAAGAGAACAAUGCUGCGGACCUGAUGAUUCUCUUGCUAUACACAGAAGUAAGAUCAGCAUUCGAGUCUCGAACGGUCUUCUCCCCUCAGUCUAACUUCUCAGCUCACUGUUUCCUGCUGUCUGACGCUCUUUCUCUUGCUUCUUGUGCAUGUAUAUCCCCUGCUCUCUCCAACGGACCUUCAUUUUAAGCCCACACUUAGGCUCCUUUUCUACAACAAAUGAUAUAAUAUAUAUUCAGAUGAUUUAUAAUUACAUAAUUAUGAACAUUUAGUAUGAAAAGUGUUUACUGCAGCAGAAUUUUAAAUGGGUCUAGACUCUAGAGGAUGUGGUUGUACAGGUUUAAGCCAAAUCGUAACAUAUAUAAAACCAGAAGACAAAAAAAAAAAAAGAGGAAGAAGAAUUUAUUGAAUAUUUCAUCAAUAUCGUAGAUUAAAGAUCCGAGAUAUAACUAUAUACAAAUAUUUACUCAAAGAAAUAAUGAGACAGAAAGGUCAAAGGUGUCCAUUAUUUUCGAUGCGCUAGUAGGCGUAAUGGGAUAGAAGUGGCUAUAUUGUAUAUAUUUGAUUGUUUAAAACUGGGUCGUCGAAACUGGCAUCUUAGUAAAUUACUAAAGUAUGGCUUUUGAUACAUAUGUUAAAAAAAA